CGCGGAAGUUUACACUCGCAGAGGCGCAUCUCUCCGCGUCUUUUUAUCAUUAUCUGGGAUAACGCGAAAGAGACUGUAACUGGCGGUCAUCCGGCACCCACUGAUCCUGUGGUUGUCUCAGCCUCGGCCUCCAGAGCAGCAGAGCCCGUGCCUCUCCUCGCCCCCCCCCUCUCGGACCAGCAGCUUAGUUUAGUGUGGCGAGGCCAGGAACGAUGGGCCGGAAGCUGGACCUGUCGGGCCUGACGGACGACGAGGCGGAGCAUGUCUUGAAAGUGGUCCAGCGGGACAUGAAGCUGCGAAAGAAGGAGGAGGAGAGGCUGAGUGAGAUGAAGCAGGAGCUGGCGGAGGAAGGCAGCAGAUGCUCCAUCCUCUCCAAGCAGCACCGCUUCAACGAGCACUGCUGCAUCCGCUGCUGCGCGCCCUUCACCUUCCUGCUCAACCCCAAGCGCCUGUGCCUGGACUGCCAGUACAACGUCUGCAAGACCUGCUGCACCUACAGCAAGAGGGACAAAGCCUGGCUCUGCUCUGCGUGCCAGAAGGGCAGGAUUUUAAGGACACAGUCACUCGAAUGGUAUUAUAACAACGUAAAGAGUCGCUUCAAGAGGUUCGGCAGCGCCAAGGUUUUGAAGACUCUGUACAGGAAGCACAUUAUAGAGAGAGGAGCGCUCUCAGAUCUCCCAGAAAGCAGCGUUCACGAGGGAAGCACCGGCAACGACAAUGAUGGCAGCAUCUGUGGCAGCGACUCCGCCUUCUACAAACAGAGUGAAGGACACAGUAUGGCAGAGACGCUCACAGUCGCCCUGCGUGUUGCUGAGGAGGCUAUAGAGGAAGCCAUCGCUAAGGCAGAGGAGUUCAGUGACAGCUUGGAGAAGCAGAAUGAGGCUCGGUAUCUGCAGGACCACAAAGAGGAGCUCAUAGAGGAACUUGCCACGACAAUAGUACAAAAAAUCAUUCAGAGGAGGAAGCGUUCAGAGAUGCAAACAGAGUAUGACUUUGUCUGGCCUCAACCUCAGUCCCUGAUCCAGCCCAGUGAACUCCCCUCUCCCACUCAGCCUCAAGCCUCUUCACAAGGACCACAGGACCCCCUCAAGACCUCCUACUCUCUCUGGCGGUCGCGGUCAGCAUUCUCCCUCACCAGUGACGACUCCCCGGAGAAGGGUCCAGAGGAGGAGGGUGCCGGGGCGGGCGGCGGCUUGCAGGACUACGCUUCUCUGAAGAGAGAGGGAAAGGCCACGUCUCUGCCCAGCUGGAAGAGUGUCGACCGCCUGGACAACUCCAGUGCAUCCUCAGUGCUCCAGAGCCCAGACGGUAACUGGAUUGCUCUUCACAGCUCACAGCUGUCUCGGCCCAGCCUGCUAACCAAGAGGAAGAGCCUGGUGUUCAGCGUGUUAGAAAAGGAGUCCGGCGUUGUCUCAGCAUACGACGAGAUGGGAUCUGACUCCGAGGACAACGACGAAGGCGGCUGGGGUGCUGCGUUGAGACAGUUCCGGCGCAAACUUUCUGAUGAGACGUACUACACAGACUCGCAGCAUGACCCAGAGUGGACGUACACGCAGCACCUUCCCAUUACCUCACCGUCCUCUGGCCAGUACACCAACACAGAGACUCUCAACUCAGACUCAGAGGCCUCAUCAGUGCUGUCCGCCUGUCCUCGCAAACCGCCUCACAAUCUGAUGAGGAAGAAAGGACCACCGGACACACACCUGCACCCUCAUCACCAGCCGCUCUAUCACCAACACGUUCACCAGAACUUCUCUCCGUAUCCACUCCACUCAGAGGCACUGGAUGUCAACUUUAACCCUAAGGUGAUGGGAGACAGCAGCGAGGCCGAGGAGCGGCAGAGUGACCCGGUCAGAAGAUCACGGCGACGCAGGAAAAGCAAGAGAGAGUCAUCAACUGAGCAGAGCAAACCUGGAGGCCAGAGCCAGACACAGUCCAUCUACCCAUUAGCACAGGAGAACAGUGGUUUUCUACUCAAUGCCCUUCUCAAGAGGGGUCUAAGUGAGGAACAGUCAGUACCUGACACUAUGUCAGUGGCCACAGCUGCACCAGACGCCUUCAAAUUAGAUGCCAUGACACCCGAGCCAGAGGACUUGGACACAGUGGCCCCGAAUUCAGCAGCCCCCAGCCCCCCACAGCCCCACUCUCUGCCUCCAGGGUCCCAGCAACCGCUGAGCAGCCCGGGGCCUGAAGACCCUCUGGAAGAGGAGCUACGUUCCAGACUCAGCCAGCUGGUCAGUCGUGCCAACAGCAAAGACAGCAGCUCAUCUGAGGAGGAGUGCACAAAGCGGCCCGCGGACAAACAGACAGAUAAAGAAAGUGACAGACAGAGAGAGACGACGAGGCCAAAAGACACUGAAAGAGAAAGGCAGAGGGGAAGUGACAGAUUAAGAGACAGGGCCAGCAGUAAGGAAAGAGAGAAAGCAAGUGAAAUAGUGGAACAAGUCAACGGACAAGAGGUGAAGAGGAGUGAGAGACUGAUAAAGAGUCAUUCAGUGAGAGAGGAAGGAAGAGCUCGGGAGAGGAGGUUAGAGAUAGGAGUGGAAUGUUUGGAGGCAGGCGACCACGAGGAAAAGAGAGGAGAUAAGAGAGAGCCCAACAGACAAAGUAAAAGACAACAUAAAAGAGAUGUGGAGAAGGAAGCAGGACAGAGAGGAGGAGCAAGGAGGAGUGGAUCCAGCGCAAGCUCACCUGCUGUUACACCUUCUUCCCAGGAGGGGGUGCUGUCGGACAACCAGGAGGGACAGAAUGACUUCGAGCAACAGCAGAGGCUUCAGUUGCUCUCCUCUCUCUUACAGCAGCAGAAGUAUUCAGCGGCCUCGCUCUGCAGCAUCACCACAGAGGUGCUGAAGGUUUUGAACGCUACAGAGGAGCUGAUUGGUGAGGCGGGAGGUGAGACCUACACCCCAACUGAGUCCAUGAGUGCUUCUCCCAUCUCCAGCAGCUCUGAGACGCGCAGGCUGGACCAGAGGCUGACCAAGAUGGAAGAGAAUGUUUACUUGGCUGCUGGUGCUGUGUAUGGGCUUGAGGGGGCGCUGGGGGACCUGGAGCGGUGUGCCCGCAGUAUUCAAAGUGGCACCACAGACACAGAGCUUGCCUUCCUGGAGGACCAAGUGGCCACUGCAGCUGCUCAGGUUCAGCAGUCUGAACUACAGAUUUCAAACAUCGAGGCCAGGAUAUCAGCUCUGAAAACAGCUGGGUUGAAUGUGACUGUCUGCAAUCAUUUCUCCAAGUUUAAGCCAAAGGCUAAGCCUCAAACCCUGGACACAUCACGUCAUCAAAGGAGGAAGCUUCCAGCCCCUCCACUGAAAGAAAAGUUGGAGCCAGAGCAGCAGGUGAGAGCGUAUCGGCCGUAGUGACAGUCAGCAGCACAAUGAGUCCCUCAGGGCCACUUCAGAGCCCCAGGGACAGGGGGCCCGUCUCAUCCAGUGCCUUUACCCAGUGUCUGCCUCCAGCUCCAGGCCAAGCAGGGGCCAACACCCACCCUGUGUGACCCACCAAGCACUCAGCCCUCAGCCAGGCACGGUACCCUGUCAGUCAAAUGCCUCACAGAGGGGAUGACCGGCUCGUUCUUCUUUUCCACUCUCUCCUCCAUCUCUUCCUCCUCACUACGCACAUAACAUCAAGCAAGGAUGACUCGACAGUCGGUGUCUCUGCCUUAAAAAUCUGCAAACACUCCUCAUGACCCAACUGAAAAAGAAUAUCUGUACAGACAAAAAAUAACUCUCAUUUCCUUUUUCUAUCUGUUUGCAAGAGUAUUGUGAUUUGCUGUACAAUGAAGACGUGGAAAAAUCAUGUGAAACUUUCUGUGAUUCAGUGUCCCAAAAAGAGGCUGAGCCGUGUUUUAUACCGCAUCUUCUUUCUCACCAGAUGAAAUGUGGAAGUGAGCUCAUACUGUAAGCCCCUUCAGAGCUUUUCUGGAUGAUUGUCCAUUUUCACACACACACACACACACACACACACGCAGCUUUCAGACGGUAAUCCUCAUUUGGGGAAUGAUUGUAACACCUGCGACAUUUUAACCAUUUUCAGAAUUCAUGCACUUACCAGAAAAUAACUGUUUAGGUACGCUAAGUGUCAGGGCCAAAACAUUUUGUCCACCCUUCCUGCCACUAAAAUUGCUAGAUGGCAAUAAUGGAACACAAAGCACACUUGAGAAAUCAGUCAUUCUUUGUAAACAGCCUAAAAAAAAAGUUAAAGGAGUAGUUCUGGGAAAUAUUUGCUUUUUUGAUAGGAGUUACAGGAGAAGAUCGAUGCCACUCCAAUAGAGGGGCAAGGUCCCUCUGCCUCCAGUAUCCCCAGUGGGAGCUUAUUUAAAAAAAAAAAAAAGCAUGGAAGUCGAUAGCAAUGGAAAAAUAUUGUAAAAUUUGAAUUGUACCAUGAAUUGCACAUACGUUUGUCGAUUUUGCAGGUCAAGAAAGUCAUUAUUUGUUGUAGUACCAUUUAGUUUUGUAUGAAACCGCUUAGUUACGUCACAAUACGUCACAAACACCAGUUAGCUAGCCUGGUAACUUGCCUAUGUUCCACACUCAAAUGUAACGUUAACUUACCUGAUGUGGUUAAUUCAGCAAUUCCUGGUCUUCCUGGUUGAAACAAUGAGCAAGACCCAAUUAGUGUAGUCUUUCUAAUUAAGUUUUUUUUACAGUCUUAAGCCCCGUUUCCACCAAACACUUUUAGUAUGGUACCUUUGGAACCAAAAGUAACCAUUCUGACAUGGUACCUAGGGCCGCUUAGUGUUUUCACUACAAACAGUACUCUUAAAUGUGGGUGGGGUUGUUGUCACUCACUGCUCCAUCCAGCACUCACUGUCACAAAGGGAAGUCCACACUUUGUUAGUGCAUUUAGUCCUUCUCAAGCAAGCGUAGGGGUUUAGUAGAACCCAAAGGAAUAAUGCUCCACAAUGUUUUUUUUCUCCAAGUAAGUAUUAGAAUAUACACAGUUCACAUAAUCUGUUUGAAAAUAAUUUAUAGAUUUAAACGCUUGAAGAUCCACUUAUUACUAAAAGUGUAUGUCAUCCAUGAGAGACAAGAAAAACAAUGGGAAUGGUCAAAGUUGUCAUAUUGAAAUUUAAGGUGUGCUGUUGGAUUUUGUUGUCAACUGAUACAUUGACUAACAUUACAAGUAAAUGUUCCACCUUUAAAGUUGGCGGCAGUGAAUUAAAUUAUUUUUUCUCAGUCUACGGCUGCUGCAAGAGGCAGCAAAACAUCCUUUCAUUUUAUAGUUUACUCAUUGAGUUGCCUGAUGCGUUUUAUCCAGGAACCCCAGGUCUUUUUAUCAGCCGGGAAGCAAAAAAACAAGCUAGACCCAACUUGUGUAGUCUUUCUUUUUUUGUUUUCUGUCUUUUCAGCUAACAGUUUUACAAUAAAGUUCAAAAUGAUCUUUUAAUUGACAAACGGUACAAUUCAAAUGGGAUCAAAAAAGUAUUUGUCACUCGCCAUUAACUAUAGUGCAUAUUUUUUUUUCCACUGGAAGGGAAAGGACUUCAACUAAGUGUGUAGCCUGUUAGCUUAGCUCAGCAUAAGAACUAAAACCGGGGAACAGCUAGCGUGACUGUUAAAAAAGGUAAACAUAUUAGCCUAGCAGCACCUCUUAAGAUCACUCAUUAGCAUAACACAUUUUUUAUGUUUAAACUGUACCAAAAGGCAGAUAUUUUUACAUUCAGACUUUUUCUCCUGAAUUUUCCGCCUUAUUUUGGUCUUUAAGCUAAGCUAAGCUAACGACGGUAGCUUCAUAUGUAGCGUAUAGACACAAGAGUGGUAUCACUUUUCUCAUUUAACUCUCAGCAAGAAAGUGGAAAAACAUAUUUCCCAUAAUGUCCAUCUAUUCCUUAAGUAAACUGUAUAGAUUUACUGGGAAAGUGCUCUCCCAUUUAUUCAGAAAAGGAAAAUAAGUACUCAGUACACAUACACACUCACAUACACACACACACACUACAGCCUUAACGUGGAAGCUGUGUGGACAUUCAAAUGAGUGAAAAUAAGAUUUUGAAUAACGUCUGAAUGUCAGACAGACUCAGCUCAGCAGAGGUCUCCAUAGGUACGAGAUUCAGGUUUGGUGUUGCAGCCCUCGUGCAGUAUUCUUCAACCCAAAGUCAUUUUCUUCCUCUGUCAUUUCUUCGUUUACGUUCAAACGUCGUGGCCUUUUAUUUGAACAAAAAAAAAGUAUUUUCAUGUUUCCACUUCGCUGGGUCAUGUCCGAACUUUUCUGUUGCAUUCAGAAAAUCUUGUAAAGAUUUUUACAUAAAGAAGUCUGAUGGGCUAUAUUACAAAUGCCAUGAAACCAUGAUUUUGUUACGAGUAAUUUAUUUUUGUACUUACUGAACGUUUUUAUGCAAUACCACUGAAACAAGUACUAUUGCAAAUUAAAGGCUUUAUUCUCUCCUCAAAGGAGCCCUCCUCAGUCAGUCCUAUCAGACUCUCUCAUGUGUGAUGAUUCAAAGUGCUUUCAGUGUACGCCUGCAUUUACCAUUUGAUAUUCUGCCGGUAAUGACGGUGGUAAAUGUCACUAAAACACGGGUGGCUGGAGCGGCUAGUACGAUUCAUACUGUAUUUGUACUCCUUAAAAACUAGAUCUGAGAAUACUGCCUUUCAUUUUUGGGUUAUUUUUCUUUACUUACACCACUCAGAAUCUCAGUUAGCCAUGCAUACGGUUGUCAGAGUUUAUGCUGUGGCUACAGCUCAAGAGCAGAGCUGUUUUUUUCCUGAUGGACUGCUUGAACUAAAAGGUGUGAUGAUCUUCUGAAUGAAUGCUCUGCCCCUUCUAUUAGUAACCUUUUCAUCCCAGCCUUUCACAUCUCGGGUUUUGCACAUUGAUCCUGUACUUUUGUCAAUCUUGUUCUCCAGAGGUGUUGAUGUAUUAAAGCAUGUUUCUGGUUUUAUCAAAAUUGAUGUAAAAUUUCCCAUGAGAAGCACAGCCACAAGGGUCCAAUCAUCAGUGUCCUGUAUUUUUCUAAUGUAAAAAAAAUAAUAUUAUCUCAUCAAAGAAUUUAUUAAUAUAUGUAUAUGUGUGAAAAGAUGGAUAUGAUAUAGAAUAAUAUGUGUAUUGCCCAAUCAUAGUUGACCAAUCUUUCAGUGUUGUGUGCAAGAGACUGUGUAUAAUUGUCAUGACUUGUAGGGCUGGAUUCGCACAGGAAGUUAAUUACUACUGUAACUGUGUCCCAGAUACUCCGAUGAGAUGAGAUUCACACAGAGCUAAAGACAGAUCUCACUUUUGUUCCUGUUUAAAUCCGGUGUGAAUGACUACGAUGAGGUUCACUGUGCACAGCUCCACAGACGGGCCAUUCACUUUUAUGUGCAAUCGUUUGUUGCGAUCCAUGUGACAUGUUGGGGAAAAUAUUAACAAGCAAAAAAUACAGAUUCUCUAUGUGCCACAGUACUCUGAGACAAAAAUGUAUUAUGAAAUGAA